AAUUAGAAAAAAUCAGAAAAAAUCAAAAAAAAUUAGAAAGAAUUAGAAAAAAUUAGAGAAAAUCAGAAAAAAAUCAGGAAUAAAUCUGGGAUGGCCUAACUUCAGUUGAUGGUCCCUGUCGUUCACCCUGAUGUCUGUGGUUCCACGCGCGAAUGACGUUUGCAGGUAAUCCCCUAGAUCAGAGAAAGUUGAGAGAAUUCAUGCAAUUUCUAACGCUUGACAUGUGCAAAGUGCAGCGUACUCUACUCUCCUCCUUGAAUCUCGAAAUAUUCUCCAAAAGGUCGUACAGAAAGCCACAAGUUCGAAUCUGGCUUGCUUGGAGCCCCACAGGUUACCUGCAUCUCGGAGCCCUUAGUACAGCUCUGUGCAACUAUUCAUUGGCUCAGGCAAACCAAGGAAUUCUUAUUCUACCCUUAGAAGACGUGGAUCAAACAGGACUCGUACCAAAUGCUGCCGGUGAACUCCAAGAGCCUUUAUUCUGGGCUCGCAUCAUUCCAGACAAACUAACGAUGUACUCGUGAUUAUAUUUAUUUAAAUACAUCGGGUAUUAUUGCGAACAAUCCAAUUAAUAAUUUUAUGUCAAGCAAAAUGAAAGCAUUGCUCAUAACAUUGUAAAGCAAUAGUCAUAGGAAUUAAUUUAUACAUAUUUGGAGAUGAACCUACCCAUAAUGUACGUAUAUUAUGAUGUCCCAAUAUAUGAUUUCUUCUAAUUUAUUUAUCAAUAAACAUAUACUA